AGCCUGAGGCCCUGGGCAGCUGGCCAAGCCCAGCCGCUAUAAAAGGGAGCUGCCACCCAGCCUGUACAUCCUCUAUCUACUCUGUCAACUCUGUUUCAGUGAGACCUGGUGGGACCAAGUCUUGGGCAUCAUGCUGACCGAACUGGAGAGCGCCAUCAACAACUUCAUUGAAAUCUUCCACAAGUACUCCCUGGAGAAAGGGAACUACCACGCCCUCUAUAGGGAUGACUUGAAGAAAUUGUUGCUGGCGGAGUGUCCCCAGUACUUGAAGAAAAAGGAUGUAGACACCUGGUUCAGAGAGUUGGAUGUCAAUCAAGAUAACGCAGUCAACUUCGAGGAGUUCCUGGUACUGGUGGUAAAACUGGGCAUCGCCUCCCAUGAAGACAGCCACAAGGAGUAGCAGGGCUGUCGGGCCCUGGGGCUGGGCCCCUGGACUUGUCCCUGAAAAAUAAUAAAGUAGCUGAUACCUCAGGA